GGGUCAACCUUCACGCGGAAGUGAAAAAGCGAAAAGUCUACUUGCCGUGCGGUGUAGAGGAGGAAGCAUUCCUUCCCGUUUUCUGCCCCCAAACCGGGUUGUUUUUCUUCCAAUAUGCUUUGCACAGUACGGUAACAGAACAGGAAGGCCUGUUUAGUCAUAGAGGAGAGAGAAAAACCCGCAUCAAACCUCCGAAGAUCGGCUGUUUUCCCUAUGCCAGCGCGGCCUUAGCUAAAUAGGAGUAGACAUGUUAUCCGGUAUGUGUAGAUAUUUCUGUCCGGUGUCGGAAAGCAAGAAACUACGCUACCUAUACAGCUCAUUGUAAAAGGUGACUAACAGCUACCCAGGAUGCCGCCUGUGGAGGCCUUUAUGCUGGACAUCUGGGCAAAAGAGGCAGACUCCCCCACUAUACAGGUGGACUGUCUCCUGCCCACCGGCAUCUACAUCCCGCUCACAUGCAGCAAGGAUGCUACCAUCGAGCAGAUCAAAAAGGACCUAUGGCAGGAGGCACGGACCUACCCACUGUACUCUGAACUAGCCGAGAUACAGUCAUAUGUCUUUAUGUGCAUCAACCAGACUGCUGAACAGGAGGAGCUUCAUGAGGAGCAGCGCCGUCUGUGUGACGUGCGACCUUUCCGUCCCGUCCUCAAACUGGUGCAGAAGAAAAAAGACCCAGCUGCCGUGGAGAAACUACUCAACUCACAGAUCAGUGUUCUUAUAGGGAAAGGCUUGCAUGAAUUUGACUCAAUGAAGGACCCUGAAGUGGACGAGUUCCGGGGUAGAAUGAGGCAGAUGGUUCGCGAGAUCGCCGACUCGCGCAAAGAGAAGAGCUGGGUCGAGCGUUUGCAGUAUCAGUUUCCGCCGCGACUCGAAUGCAGCGAGGACCUCCCGAAACACAUGCAGCCCGCAAACAACAAUCUCGUGGUCAACAUCCGUUUCCAUAACACUGAUAUGAGCUACUCCUUCCAGGUCCAUGUCAUGGCUUUUCCCGUCGAGCUGCACCAACUCGCGCUCAAGAAGAAAGCCUCGUUCCUACGCCAGCCGGAGGAGGACCCGGCAGAGUUUGCCCUGAAGGUCUGCGGACAGUUUGACUACCUCAUCGGCGAGUUCCCCAUCAGCCGCUUCAAGUAUGUACGGAAGUGCCUGUCCAAAGCCACAACGCCCCAACUCAUGCUUGUGAAGCUGGACAACAUUGACCUUGAAUCAGUGACCUCUCCUACGACCCCUGACCCCGAGGGUCCCCCGCCCCUCCCCUGUAAGCAGGAGAAGAUGGUGUCUUUGUGGAACAUCGAGGCAAGGGUCAAGAUCACCAUAGUGAACGCAAGCAGUCUGAAUGCAGGAGACAACAAUAAGGUAUUUGUGAAGGCAGGCCUGUACCAUGGUGGGGAGACCCUAUGCAGUAUCUCCACGACCAAGGAAGCCUCGUGUGUCGGGGGUGACGCCACCUGGUCAGAGACCCUGGAGUUUGACCUGGAUGUCAAUGACCUUCCCCGCAUGGCUCGCAUCUGUCUCGCCAUCUACGAAGCUGGGAAGAAAGGCAGGAAGAGCAAAAAGGGGAGGGAGUCCAGAGAGUCCUACCCUAAGGAUUCCAUCCCCCUAGGCUGGGUGAACAUCACCAUGUUUGACUAUCGUGACCACCUGAGGGCUGGUACGUUUGUCCUGCACACCUGGCCGUGGCCAGACAGCGGUGCCGAGGUCCUUAAUCCCAUUGGCACGGUCGUGUCCAACCCCAACUUUGGUGCUACAGCGCUCCAGGUGGAGCUCCACUCCUACCACACAUGCCCUAUCAUCUACCCUCCUUUUGACAAGGUUCUGGAAUGUGCUGCUAAUGUGGCUGAGGAGACCCAGCGUGCCAGUGAUGAUGCUGACAGCCAAGCCUCAGCGAGUUCCCAUGGUGCAAUAGACCAGCUGCAGUGCAUUCUGGACCGCGAGCUGAUGGCUCCGAUGUUUGACCAGGACAUGGAGAUGAUCUGGCAGCUGCGGGACAAGAUCCACGAGCUGUUCCCCCACGCGCUGGCCAAGCUGCUGUCCUCUGUCAAGUGGAACAACCACAGGGAUGUGGCACAGAUGCAGGCUCUGCUGAAUGCCUGGUCCCCACUGCUGCCACACGCUGCCAUGGAGCUGCUGGACUACAACUAUGCUGACCAGGCUGUCCGGGCUUUUGCCGUCAAGUGCCUGAAUCAACUGACAGAUGAGGAGCUGUCUCAGUACCUUUUGCAGCUGGUGCAGGUGUUGAAGUACGAGGCUUACCUGGACUGUGAGCUGGCCAGGUUCCUCCUCAGCCGCGGCCUCAACAACCAACGCAUCGGACACUACCUCUUCUGGCACUUCAGGUCUGAGAUGCACAACCCUGCAGUGUCUGUGAGGUUUGGACUCCUGCUGGAGGCUUACUGUCGAGGGUGUGUGACUCACAUGAAGGCACUCAGCAGACAGAUGGAAGCCCUGAGUAAGCUGAAGACAGUCAACGAGCUGGUGAAGAAACAGGCGAUAAAGAAUGAGAAGCACAAGCAGCUGAGUCUGGAGGCCAUGAAGGCCUGUCUGAAACAGACGUCCUACCACGAUGCCCUGUCCCGAAUACACAACCCUGUGGAACCCCAGUUCAAACUGCUACAGCUCAGCAAUGACCACUGCAAGUUCCGUGACUCCAAGAUGCGGCCGCUAUGGCUGGUGUUUGAGAACGAGGACCGCUUCGGGGAACAAGUCACACUCAUGUUUAAAGAUGGAGACGACCUUCGUCAGGACAUGUUGACCCUGCAGAUUAUCCAGGUUAUGGAGAUGUUGUGGCAGGCAGAAGGGAUCGACCUGCGCAUGAGUCCCUACGGCUGCCUCUCCACAGGAAACAAGGUUGGGCUAGUUGAGGUUGUCCUAAAUGCUGACACCAUCGCCAAUAUCCAGAAGGACAAGGGCAGCACGGCCACAGCAGGGUUCAAGAAAGGGUCGCUCUUCAUGUGGCUGAAGGAGAAAAACCCAGAAAAGGAGAGCCUGAACAAGGCAGUGCAGGAGUUCACCCUGUCCUGUGCAGGUUACUGUGUGGCCACCUAUGUGCUGGGAGUAGGAGACAGGCACAGUGAUAACAUCAUGAUCAAGGAAACUGGCCAGCUGUUUCACAUAGACUUUGGCCACUUCCUUGGGAACUUCAAGACUAAGUUUGGUAUCAAGCGAGAGCGUGUGCCUUUUGUCCUGACCCAUGACUUUGUCCAUGUCAUCACCAAGGGUCAGUCUACUCAGGGGAGCCAGGAGUUUGCAGCUUUCCGCCAACAUUGUGAGGGGGCGUACCUGAGCUUGAGGAAGUAUGGGAACCUGCUGAUCAGCCUGUUUGCCAUGAUGCUGUCCAGUGGACUGCCAGAGCUGACCAGCCCAAGUGACAUCAAUUACCUCAAGGACAAGUUGGCCCUGGAGAUGACCCAAGAAGAGGCUCUGAGGCACUUUCGUGAGGAGUUUGACAAUGCUCUAAAACAGAGCUGGAAGACUUCAGUCAACUGGUGGCUACACAACAUUGCCAAAGACAACAAGUAGCCAUCCAGAAGUCACAGCCACGUAAAUGUUAGAUUCAGUUGUUGUAGUUUUUGGCAACACCUCAGAGGUGGAGCCAGUAGUGGUACCUUAUUAUCCUUUGAUUGACAAGUGCCUUUCUAAUCUUAGCUUGAUUCAGUAGGGGGAGGGGGGUACAACUAGGAGCUGAGGGUGGUUUUACUUUGUUGCAGUAUUAUUUCCUUACUAUGCAGCAUGCAAUUGCAAUAUUUUCACUGGGGAAUGCCAAACGCACAUCUACCACUUAGGACCACUUGAUAUUGAAGUCCACAACAAUCUUUUCAGAUUUACGUAUUAAUAUUCAAUUAAUGAGAAGGUUCUAGUUUAAUAGCAUGCUUUCCUCUCAUAUCUUAUCUUCACUUUUGCCAACUUAUAUUUGAGGGCAAUGAAUUAUUUUAAAGAUUUGAUGCUGUUUAUUAAUUGUACAAGUCAUGUAAAAAUAAGAAAUUGUGCCAUUGCAGUCUUUCCCAGUUUUACAUUUGUUGUAAAUGUUGCUUUUUCUUCAGAAGUC